CCCGUUUUUGGCGGGAUGUUUUCACUUUCAGUUUCUUGGAACUCGAGAAAAAUCCCCAAGAUAAUUUUAUAACAUGCAAGUAAUAAUACAGGCCUGAACUCAACGCAAAAUGAGUAACACUUACGUCUCAAGGCAUUCAGCGGCGCGUCGUAGUCGAAAAGGAGAUCUCACUCACCCAGGAGAUGGCGAUGAUGAUGACCCAACAAGUUCACAACAAACUCCACAACAACAACCUCUACCGCGAGUAGAGAGACGGGAAGCUUACACUAUGAUUCGACCUGAUGAAAAGAAAAGAGAAAAAAUCCUUCAAGUUGCAAGGACAGAAGAAGAGAAUGCUCACAAAAGAAAGCUAAACAAACAGACAACACCUAUUAAAAUAACACCAAGCCCUCUAGGGGGAGGGCAAUCAUCAGAACAAGAUGCCAAGUUAAGAUUACAGAGAGAAAACGAGCGCAAAACAAGACAAAAAGCUCUGGAGGUGAAGAAAAAGCGUGAGGAAUACAGAAAAAAGGAGAAAGAAAGAGAAGAUGAAGAGAUUACAAAGAAAAAAGCUCUUGCACGAGAGCAGGCUGAGAAAAAUGCAAGGAAAGAUUCCCUGAAAAAGGAGGAAAUGAGACGUCAUAAUGUUGAAUACUUUGAAAGCAAAUUUAGUGGAAUGAAUACUCAAACACAAGAAGAUUGCUCUACUAGUGUGGGGACCCUAACAGGUGGCCUGGAGCAGCUUAGCCGUCGAUACCCAAGCUACGCCCCUGAUUACCUGUCAGGGAUGCUCAGAUCAUGUGGUGGAUCAGUAGAGAAUGUAAUAGAUUUAUUGGACAGUAUCCAGUAGCUAUUUUGCAGGUAGUUAAAAUGAUUGAUAUUGGGUUAUCAGGGCUCCACCAUCCUCAGGGACCCAGGGUGGCGCAUAGACUUGAAAUGGGAGUAUGCGUUAAGACAAAAGACUUUUCUCUGGUCUGCACCAGUUCUGGUCUCCAUGUCAUCCUGAGUCCCUGAGGCAGGGGUUCCACUGCAGGUAAUAGGCACUUUUACUUACCACAUUACUAAGUCAUUAGCAAACCUGCAUCUUAUAAACAAGUAAAAAAAAUAUUUAAAGUAGAAACAAAGAUCUAACCUUUUUCAUUUUGGCAAUACAUUGGAAUGUGACAAGUUUGUUAUUGCAAUUUUGCAAUCAAAAUUUUGAGGGUGAGCUACAUUUUUGACCAAAAUUCAUGUGAAUCUAGAGUCUCCUAGAUAAAUACACCCAAACUUUUUUGGAAGAUACAGUAUUAUCCUAUGACAAUUGUUGGCCGCUUAUUUAGUGGCAGUCUUGAAUUUGGAGUAGCAUAAGCAGAUUAAACAAUGUUAUGUUUCUGUGAGUGUUUGGCUUUUUAAACACUAACAGAUAGAGUUUCAUUGUUUGAAUAUUAAGGACCAAAAUACCAGUACUUUACUAGAACAAUUCCUGGAAACUUGAUUUUGUUUUUAAUUGUGUACAUAGUAUUGUUAGGCCUAGGGUUAACAUUAAUGAUAGUGCAUUUUUUGGAGUGGAAUUACACAUAAAAAGGCAUUUAUUUUGUAGGGUAGACUCUUUUAUACUGUACAAUUGAAAAUAUAAAUUAAAUAACACAUCUUA